GAAAGGGGCGGGGUAAUUUUUUACAAUUUCGCAACAGCCGCAAGCAAGUAUCGAUUUUCAACUAACGAUCAGUUGAUUCAGCACGACCGAACCGGUUGACUUGCAGCUGCCAGUGUAUAAACCAGUUUCUGGAGCGGUUGGCCAGCCGGUCGGUCGUUCGCUUAGGUUGAGUGCAGGGGGUAUGCCAUACGUGGCCAAAUUGGACAAAACCAUAGAACCAGGCCAGUCGUUGAUCAUCAAAGGACAAUUUUUGUUCGAUGGUAAAUUAAUCCAUUUUAGUUUUUCUGUGAACCUUUGUACGGGGCCUUCAGAGGAAGAAGAUAUCGUUUUACACAUAAAUUACCGUAUUAAAGACAAGGCGAUCGUCUGCAAUUCUUUAAAGGAUGGAGUUUGGUUACCUAAAGAAGUUCGGUUCAAAAUUUCAAAUAAAGUUGGAGACAAGUUUGAUUUGAGAGUUAGAUGCCACGAUGACAAAUAUCAGAUAUUUUCUGACCAUAAAGAUCUUGGAGAAUUCAAACACAGGCUUGCGGUUUCGUCUGUGAAGUACCUGCGCAUCAAAGGAACUUGCGACUUGAAAGCAGUUCUCUGGGAAGGAAACUACUACUCAUGUCCGUACAGAAUGAGACUAGACGGCAUGAGUCCUGGCCGCAAACUGUUUGUCAGCGGAGUGGCGCAUGGAAAGCGAUUUGCCGUUAACUUCUGCCACAACGACGACGUUGUUUUUCACUUCAACCCGAGAUUCGACGAAAAGGCCUUUGUGCGCAAUAUCCGCAUGAACGGCGAAUGGCAACAGGAAGAACGUUCAGGAAAGUUUACCCUGGAGAAAAAGAAGGAGUUCGAUCUGCUGUUUGUGUGCGAGGCUGACGCGUUCAGGGUGUUUGCCGAUGAACUUAUGGUGUGCUCGUUCGUGCAUCGCUUUCCUCCGUCCAAUAUCAAUGCCAUAGAAAUCGACGGUGAACUGGACCUGCAGCUGGUCCACUUCGAAUAA